GAAACAGCAUCCAUCAUGCCGCCUCGAAUACCGAUCGCCACCUGCCUGCGGGCACAGAGCACACCCCCUUCCACGGCCACGCGAUCUUUCUCCUCCACACCCUGCUCCCAAGCGUCCACAGUCACGCAACGACGGAAACAUCGCGAUCCAUAUGCCAUUGCGCAAGCGCGAGCGAAGAAAGCUGCGAAUUUGAGUAGACAGGAGGUACUGAAGAAGGAGCGGGCCAGCAGUCUAGGCGACCCUGUUCGCGGUCUCACCACGCCUUUCGUACGCUCCUUCGACACUGCCCUCCCUCCCGAGCCCUCGGCAGACACCCCUUCGACGCAAGUCCGGAGUUCGAAGUCACCAUCUGAAGAUGCCAUUGGACCCAAGACGGAGACAGACAAUCACCUCAACUUCUACUUGACCAAAGAGGAAUUGGCUCGCGGGUUAGGGAAGAGCCAAUGGCUGACUACUCCUGCUGCGCAAGACGAGCCAGAAGAAGCCGAGGGAAAAAAGGCCCGAAGAGAUGGCGGGAAAGAGUCGCGCGGACUCGAUGCUGAGAUUAGCGGAAUCCUUGGUGGUGCCAGAGACGCGGAUGCGAACAACCCCGACUGGGAGCGCGCCGCAGAAACGAUGAAGGACUUCACUACCGGCAUGAGUCCAGCAGCUCGGAAGAAGAUAUUGGAGGAGGAACACGCGACCGCGCAGGAGGCAUUGAGACGAAUCUCGAGCUUAGCACUGGGAAGCAGUAAAGAUCGGCUGAGAGUGAACAAGCAGAGAUGCAUAGACGUCUUCGGGCGUCAUAACACGGAGCAGACACUGCCUCCGAAACCAACCUCUGCGGGUGUAACCGGCGGCGAGCAGCAAAAGGUGGAACGUGUUGGAGCAGACACUGGCAGCAGCGAAGUGCAGAUUGCCAUCCUGACCGCUAAGAUUCGUGCCGUUGCAGACUUCCUGGAGACGAGAGGCACGAUGGACAAAGUCAACAAGAGAAACCUCAGAUUACUGGUUCAUCGCAGAGCAAAACUCUUGAAAUAUUUGCGCAGAAAGGAAAGAGGUGGGCCGCGGUGGCAGAACCUGGUUGAGACACUUGGUUUGACCGAUGGAACAUGGAAGGGCGAAAUUACCUUGUAGAAGAUGGAGCAUUUGCAUAGCGCAGGAAAAGCCUCAGAACUGGGCCGGUGAAGAUACAUCAUGUACAGAUAUCCAUGUACUAUUACGACACUCGCCACAACACCAACAGCGCCCAAAGGCAGUUUCAGCAUUGGUGCAUCCUUCCACAGUACUGCCCAAAGCCUCAACAGCACUAUCCAGCAUCUCAAGCAGCAAAAUCGUGAAUCUCGUCGGACUCUGAGAAGGGACAUGUUGUGCAGUGGACCACCAUCCCAUGCCUCGUUGACUGGUGGCGCUCGCGAUCCUGAAAGUCUCCUCUCCAACUGUAACCCACCACUCCAGACAUCGUUGGCAAUCUCCUCUUCAUUUGUAUCCCCGUCAACCAGCAUACCGACUUCCCAUCACCUUCGGAACAACUCGGCAGUCUCACUCCGCCAAUCCGAUGUGCUUACCAGCCCUCUCGCCUCCGUCGGGUCGAGGCGCAGAAUAUCGAUCAUAAACAGCACACAAAGUGCCUGAAUGAAGAAGCCGAAGGACCGGGUUGUUGUUCGCCUGCCAUUAUACGACCUUGUGGAUUCUGAAUCUCCGCAGUAGUUGAGCAGAGAAACCAAUACUGCUGCUUGAAUGAUUCGAGCAAUGAUGGUGGGAAGCACGACAACCAUCGUCUUUUGGCAAUUGCUGAUCCAGGCGAGGAAAAGCGGCAAGAGUAAUUGUGUGAACCCUAUUCUGGGAGCUCGAUCGGAGGUAUCAUGUUCUGGUAGUCGUUUCCGCUUGUAAUCUUCUUCAGCCUGGAGGUUUGGAGUGCAUUCCGUCGUCGUGGUUAUGGCCAUGUUGCUGGAAUCGACUCGCAUAAUAACUUAGGCAGUGUGUUUCUCGAGUCCGAAAUGUAACGUGCAGAGCAGUCCAGUGAUAUUGUUGGUUGAUAACAAAUCAUGUAUCCAGCAUUCGAGACAGCUUAUUGACCGACACUCGUGGUGGUAGAAGAUCCGAGAACAAAGAGAAUAGAAACCCAGUGAUCCUUCUGCAGUAAUAAUAAUCACUGUACUUCUAGUCCCGCAUCGCCACGAGCCCUCGUUACUCAGCCCGACAAGUGCCACAGAAUACCAUGCAAUAUAACCCGAGCAUUCGAUCUCCGACUCCAACUG